GUGGAAGAGAAGGUCAAGGUUGCUGCAGAACUAAAGGAAGGCAUUGAAGUUGUUCUUACGGCGGAAUACUCAACCUUUCUGUCAACGUUCUUCAAACCGUUCUGCGACAUCCUGCGCACUAUCCCGCCGCAGUUUGCUGACACGCCAGAGCAUAAGCUUCGCAACACCAUCCUUGAUAUCCUGAGCCGACUGCCCAUAAAUGAGGCAUUCAAGGGGUGCAUGCUUGAGCUUUACAACGUGUGCCUUGACGUUACACAGAACGACAACCAGGACAAUGCCCUCCCGGCCAUUAAGCUGCUUCUUGACUUGCAGAAGACUUAUAGAGGUUAUUUGGAAGGCCAGGGGUCCCUUCUGGCGCAGUUCCUCAUCAAGUGUUUUUCUGAAUUUCCCGCGACGGUGGCGGAAGUGCUGGACGUGGGGUCGCCUGGUGGCGAGGCACCGUACGCGAAGGUGCCCUCGCAAAACACUCCCAGCAGCAAGUCUUUUAAGGUCAUGGCGGAGCAGCCAUUUGUCGUCAUGUUCCUCAUGAACGCCUACGAGCGGUUGCGCCCCAUGGUACUGCCGCAGCUAGUGCCGCUCAUCAUCCGCGCCGCUUGCCUGCCGGGACCCAGCCUCACAGACCCGCACGUGCGCGGCGCCCUAUCCCAGCACUAUGCAGACUUCCGCCUGGUCCAGGUCCGCUGCCUGCAGUACAUGCUCUGGCUGCUGCGCAACGCUGCCUCCUCCCUGGCCUACCCCAUCGAGCCCCACGUGCCGGCCAUAGCUGACGCACUGGUUCACCUGCUGCGCCAGUGCCCUGACGUUGUGACCACACGUAAGGAGCUCAUGAUUGUGACGCGGCACAUGCUGCAGACAGCAGUCCGGUCACAUCUGCCGGGCCACAUGGACGAGCUGAUGGACGAGCGGGCGCUGUGCGGCACCGGCCGCGCCUGCACGGAGACGCUUCGCCACGGCGCAUGCGGGCUGCUGGCAGAAAUCGUGCACAAUUGCCGCCGUCAGCUGCGGCCGCACCAGCUCGCUCGCGCCACGUACCUGUUCGCGUCUAUUACUUGCGACGCGUCUCUGCCCACGUCCACACGUGCCACGUGUCUUCGGGCCAUGUGCGUGCUGGUGGACCCCAUCUUGCAGCAGGCCAGGGCGCCGGCAACGGGGCACGACCCGGGGCUUCGGGCGCUAGGCCGGCGGCUGCUAGGGCGCAUCCUGGAAAGCCUGGUAGCGGCCAUGAAGUAUCUUCGGGCGCAGGUAGGAAGGGACAGGGUUGGAGGAUCAACGUGGGGCCAAAGGGGGAGUUGUCCCGACUCUAUCACCAUCCCUGGAGAAAAGGAGCGCGAGGUGGUGGAGAGCCGCGCCAUGCUGCAGGGCCUGCUGCCGCACAUGAAGAACCUGGCGUAUGCGGUGGCGCGCUACCACCUCAACGUGCCGCAGCAGUCGCCGGCAGUGGCGGCGGCGGUCCCGGCGGGUCCGGAGGUGCUGAGCGAGGAGGAGGCACGGCUAAUGGCGCGGCUGUGGUCCAAUGGACUGCGCUGUCUGAAGCUGGCGUCAUACCAGGGCGGCUCGGCACCUCUGACGGGCAGCCGGGAAUCGUAUGAGACGUUUGCGGACGUGUUUCUGCAGCUGGAGCCUCGUGACUUUGUGGAGGUCGUCUCUGCACGAUUGCCGGAUCUGUUUACGGCGCUGCUGGAGGACAAGGACGUCAUGCAUGUGGUGAUGCACCUACUGUCGGCGAACGGAGGCAGCUUGUUGCCGCAGACACCCAUGCAGCAGAUGCAGCCGCUGGGCAAGAUGCUGCUGGCGGUGCUGCUGGAGUUCAUGGUUACCCAUCAGAUGCCGCUGCUGACUUGCCCAUCCAGCGACGAGGGCGCCCUCACACUCAAACUCUUCAAGGUGCUCUUCCACUUCCUGCCCAACUACUGCGACAUGGAGCCAGUGCUGCUGCCGCACCUGGUCAGGAUGACCGAACGCGCACUGGCAGCUGCGGUUUCGGAGCGGGAGGCGCUUGGGUACCUGCAGCUUCUGCGCAGCUUCUUCAAGACGGUUGCGUCCUCGGCCCCCAAAUGGAAGUUGCUGUACGGCUCGCUGGGGGCAUUCGUAGAGCCCUGUCUCAGCUUGGUCCUGAACAUGCUCAACGGGCCCCACCCGCCGGAGAUGCGCAGCGUGCUGCUGGAGAUUUGCCUCACGCUGCCCGCGCCGCUGACGGGGCUGCUGCCGCAGCUGCGGCGGCUGAUGCGGCCGCUGACUAUGGCGAUCAAGUCCGGCCCCGACGACUUGGCCCUCUCCGCCGUCAAGACGCUGGAGGUAUGGGUGGAUAACCUCAACCCCGAGUUCCUGGAGCCCGCCAUGUCGGAGGUGAUUGCGGACCUGAUGCACGGCCUGUGGGCUCUGCUCAAGUUCAAUAACCCGCUGGCGACCAAGGCGCUGGCGCUGCUAGGCAAGAUGGGAGGCCUCAACCGUCGCUGGCUCAAAGAGCCGCAGCCGCUCGAGUACCGUGACAACCCUGAGCACGGCUUGCGUCUUAUCCUUACCUUCGAACCGCAAACUUCGUUCCUGGUACCCGUUGAUCGUUGCGUGGCUCUGGCCAGGGCGGGAAUCGCAGCGGGGGUUGAGGCCCCGGCGGCGGGUACCGCUGCCGGCGGCGGCCCGGCAGCUGCCGCGGCUGGGGCCGCUUCCGCCAGCGACGGGCAUUAUCGUCGCCAGGCUCUCCGCUUCCUGCAUGUCUGCCUGGCUUCCAUGCUCAACUUGCGGAUACGGGAGCCAAGCCUUGCGAGAGUGGCCUACUAUUCCCACACCUGUGCAUCUCCGGCCUCAUCUUCUCCUUGCCUUCCAUCCCCGGGGCAACCCCAAUUCCGGCAGCGGCAGCUCGACUCGGGCGUCAAGACCAAAACGCAAGUUGUCGCGGAGCGCCAGGUGCUGGUGCAGCUGCUGGCGGCUGUCAUGGGCGCCGCGGCGGACGAGGCCCUGGCAGCUACGGCGCGUCCCUUUGCGCUGCACAUCUCACGCCACUUCGCCAUGCUCGGUGGCCCUGCAGGGGCUACGUCUGCUGGCGGCCUGCCGCCGGCGCCGCCUUCCGUGGGCUCGAUGUUGCCGAGGGGAUUGCGGGAGUUGGAUUGCCACCUGUUUCUGGAUGCGGUGGUGGAGGUACUUGGCGAUAAGGCCGCCUGCAAGUCCAAGUGCGCGCUGGAGUGUCUGACCACCUUCGCGGACACGGCACUGCUGCUACACGCUGCACGCACCAAGUGCCGUAACUCAGCCAAGACCCAGCAGCCCAACAGCGGCGACAGCAGCAGCGAUGCCGACAAGGCCUCCAGCCACGGCCUGCCGGACGUCAUUGACGACCUGCUUCCCCGCAUGCUGCAGUGCUGUCACGAGGACUCAUGGCAGGGCCGGCUGUCGGGUGCGGCCGCGCUGCGGCUGCUGGUACAGCGUCUGCCGGCAGGCUACCUGCGCGCCUGGGUCGUUCUCAGCCUGCGCGGCCUCAUCAAUGUGGUGCGCUGGCUGCCGGAGUACUGCAGGGUGGAGCGUGAGGAGGUGGAAGCGACUAUGGGUGAGCUGCUGUACAAGGUGAUCCAUGGGAAAGACAAGCCGCCAGAACCGCCCGUAUCCUGCCCGACAGCCACAUUGGAUGCCAUGGCAGAUGUGCUGGUGCACGCGAUGGUGGGUCCAGGGUUGCCGCGAUGGGUGCGCACCGCGGCGGAGACGGCCCUGAGUAGCCUUGCUGCAGCGGUGAGGCGCACCGUAUCCUCAUACCUGACACCCACGCUACAAUCCAUGAGCCCGCCCUGGCAGUCACGGCGGCUGAUGCCCAUCAAGAAUGUGGAGGUGACGAUUACCCAGGUGCAGGCGCUUACCGUGGUGGUCCGUCAGCAGCCGCCCGCAUUGCCCCUCAGCGAGCAGCUGCAGGCGCUGGCGCACGAGGCGCUCAUGAUUGCGGAGAAGGACGAGGCCGCGCUGGCGACGAGGCUGACGCAAAAGGAUGAGCCGCCAGCGCUGGGCAACGCGGCUAGGCUAAGGGUGGCUUGCAUGCAGCUGCUGAGUGCAUUGUGGAGUUGGGAGGAGUUCCGCGACCGUCCCGACCUGAGGCCGCUGCGCGAGAGCACGACGGGCAUGUUCUUCAAGAACCUUACUGUGUCCUCCCUGGAGAUCCACAGCGCCGCCCGCGCCGGGCUGCAGCUGAUUGUGAGCCAGCAGAAGCUACCCAAGGAGCUGCUGCAGAACAGCCUGAGGCCCCUGCUGCAGAACCUGGCCACGUACCACAAGCUGCACCCCACCAUGCUCCAGGGCCUGGCCCGGCUACUGGAGCUGUUGAGCGACUGGUUCAACCUGACGUUGGGUGACAAGCUGCUGGAGCACCUCAAGAACUGGCUCAACCCGGAGAAACAGCUCACAGGCCAGGUGCUUUGGAAGCCCGGCGAGGAGGCGCUGGUGGCCUCCCUAGUGCUGGACCUCUUCCACCUGCUGCCAAGAUCAGCGCCCGCGGCCACCAAGCCCGGCCUUGUGAUCCUGACCAUCCAACUGGAGGAGAAGCUGCCGGCGCUCAACACGCCGGUGCCGGUGCCCCACGUGAUGACGUCCCCCUACCGUGGCCCGCUGACGCGCUUCCUGGUUAAAUACCCAACGGAGGCUGCGGCGUAUUUCCUGGAGGCAUCCCGUCUGGAUAAGGCUUCUUACUUCUCCCGGCUGCUGGACAUUAUUCGCAGUCCAGCUGGUCGGCCUCUGCUGGACGCGGUGGCGGCCUCUACGGAACGAUUGCUGGCAUUGCUGCUGCAAUACGACCCGCCACAUCCGGCAGCGCAGCUACCGGAGGGGACAUUUGCAUGUCGCCAUCCACCAUUCCAUGUUCCGCUUUCCCCACGCCAUGUCCCUCACCCCUUCCUCCCAUCUCCCUUUUUUCCUCCCUCCUCUCCUGCAGCUCCGCCCCCGGCCCCCGCCCAUCCCAUGGUCGCUUUCCACUCCGUCCACCUGGUUCGCGUCGUCUCCAAGCUGCUCCCCUCCUGGCUGCCCUCCCAGCCCCGCAUCAUGGCCGCCAUCAUGGAGCGCUGGCACAGCCCCCACCGUGCAGCCAGUGUGACCUCCACUUGCAGGGAGCAGUUGUUGGAGAGCAAGCGGCUGGCUAAAUGCGUAUUGUCGUAUGUACGGGAGCACCGGGAGGAGGUGAUGCCGCUGUUUGAUAUCAUGUCGGUGCACCUGCACCGGAGCUCUGUGGACUACGGCUUCAUUGAAACGUUUUGCCGCACGGUGGUGGCUCAGCAGUACUCCCCAGCGGAGAAGCGCGCCAUGCUGGCCAAGUACGUGGAGGUGUUCAAAGGCGGACGGCUGCCGCAGGAGCAGCUGGAGAGGAUUCUGCAGGUACUUGUGACGCCGAUGUUGGUGGAGUCACUGGAGAAGGGCGAGCGAGACGUGAUCGGGGAGCCGCUGGCUGAGGCGGUGGUGGUGGACCUGCUGGACCCGUCCGAAGGCAAGGCCAGCAACGGCGAGAAUCCCAACCCCGCGUUGGAGUCUCUCCGAAUCGAGUUGCUGCACCUGUGCACCCAGCUGUUCAAGUACUCCCCGGCCUUGCUGGACAAGCACAAGAAGGAGCUGAUCAAGUUUGGGUGGAACUACCUAAAGAAGGAGGACAGCGUCACCAAGUCGUACGCCUUUGUCAACGUGGCCUAUUUCCUCAAGAACUUCCAGGCGCCGGAGAAGAUCAUGCUGCAGGCGAGCUGGGCUGGGCACGGGCAUUGGCGCUGGCACUGCGAACGGAGCUUAGGGGUGUUUGUUGCCCUGCUCAAGGCCAACCAGCCUGACACCAAGAAGCCGCUCAUCAAGGAGGCGCUGGAUGUGUUGGUGCCCACCCUCAAUGAGAAGGUGCAGCGCUCCCCGGAGAACAAGAUGAGCCCGGUGUGGGUCAGGUACACUAAGAAGGUGCUGUCUGAGGAGGCUCACAGCAUGGCCAGCGUGGUACACAUUUGGCAGCUGGUGCUGCGUCAUGCGGAGCUGUUCUACCCCUCGCGAGGCAGUUUCGUGGGACAGAUGGUGCACACGUUGAGCAAGCUGGGGCUACAAGGCGGCUCACCAGAGUACAGACGCCUGUCCUUGGACCUGGCCAAGCUGGUUGUGGGAUGGGAGCGCAAGCGCCAGGAGCUGCGCUCGCGGGAAGAGGGCAGCGACGGUGACGGCACCACCUCCAGCGGCCCGACGCCGCCAAAGGCGGCGCGAAUGGACGCUGCGGCGUCGUCGCCAACAGGGGGCGAUGUGGCGAUGACCGACGCCGCCGCGCCAGCAGCCAUGACGCGCAAUGUGUCCUACGGCAGCUUGCGGCCAUCGGGCGGCCUCACUGCCGGCUCCCCUGGCGGCGGGGGCGCUACACCCGAUGACGAAUUCCGGCCGACCCCGACCAUGGAGGACAUCCUCAUCAAUUUCCUUACGCGCUUCGUGUUGGUUACCCCGGACAACGUCAAGGAGGACGAGGCGUCUCUACAGCAGGGCUACGGCAUGCAGGUGCUGCUCCAGGCGCUCAAGCUCUGGCCGGCGGUGAGUUGGAUUUCGGUGUGCGGCACCGCCGUUGCCGCCGUGCCCCCGGACCCUCCCCACCUAGCGCUAGGCCUGCAGGUGUGCCGGGCGCUGGUUGAGGUGCAGCCGCUGGCGGUGCUGGCUGUCAACGCGGGGGCGCUAGGGGCGCUGGUCGAGCCAUGCCUGCAGUCACGCAACCGGCGUAACGCGGUGGAGUUGGGGGAGGUGCUGAGGCUGUUGCAUGGCAAGCUGGCGGCGCCACCUCAGUCAGUCCCUCUGCCAGAGGUGAGGAAGGAGGCGGGGAAGGAGGACAGGGGAUGCAGCCGCCACCGGUACCGGGCCAGCCGCAGCCGACCGUGCCGCCGCCCGGUAGCGGUAGCAGCAUCGGCGGUGACCCUCGUGCUUCAAAAGACGGCUCGCGAGGUAGCCAACAUGGCACCACCCGCAAACGCCCAGGGACCCGCAGGCAGGCGGGGCCCCUCGGGCGCACUAAGCGGCGCCGGCGGCAGCGGCUCCUUGUCCUCCCAGUCGGAGGAACCUGAGUACGGCAGCCUGUACUGGGUAAUCGCCGCGUGCAUCCGUCUGCUUGCGCCGCGGGUGCUGCACCACAACGAGCAGCGCAAAGCGGUGUUGUCGUCCAUGAUUGGGCUGAUGGCGGGCCAGAACACCAGGCACAUGGAACCGUCGCUGUUCCUGGAGAUGCUCAAGCGGUGGCUGGUGAACCCCUACCCCGGCCAGACGGGCAUUCUGUCCCCCAAGGAGGCCAUCCUCAUGGUGCAGCGGCUGGCGGCACUUGAGAAACUCAACCUUUUCGACCAUGCGGGCCUGCAGCAACAACAACAACAACAACAGCAGCAGCAGCAGGGGGUCCCAGUUUCCCCUUUUAAGUAUCCUCCGGUGCUGUUGUCAUAUGUUGCGGAUGACUACUUCCUGCACCUGGAGCGACGCUUCAUGAUGGGCCUGCGGGCGUCGGACCACAACAUGCGCAAGCGCUUCUUCGAGCUGUACGACAACCACGUGGCCCCGCACUUGUUCGACCGGCUUCAGUUUGUGAUCAUGAUUCAGGACUGGGAGGCCAUGAGCAACACAUUUUGGCUCAAGACCGCUCUGGACUUGCUGCUGGCCGCGCUCCGCGAGGACGACCUCAUCAUGUUGGCGCCCAACAGCGCCCAGGUGCCCCCCCUGCUGCCCCUGCAGCAGAACGUGUUUGUGCCUCAGCCCCCCAAGGGAGUGGACAUGAGGGCCGCCAUACAGCAGCAGCAGCAACAACAACAACAACAACAACAACACGAGGCGCUACAGGGCCCCAACGGCAAGCUACGUGUCCGUGAGCUGGUAUCUUCCCUCCGCGAGUAUGCUGGAGCUGACUCGCUGGUGGCCUACCACCUCUGGGUGCUGGUGUUCCCGAUAGUGUGGGCUUCACUUGCUAAGGAGCAGCAGGUGAGCCUGGCCAAGCCCAUCAUCACGCUGCUGGCCAAGGAGUACCACCACCGCCAGGCCAACGCGAGGCCGAAUGUGCUGCAGGCCUUGUUGGAGGGCAUCAGCCUGUGCCAGCCUCAGCCCAAGAUCCCCCCCGAGCUGAUCAAGUUCCUGGGGAAAAACUACAACGCCUGGCACAUAGCCAUACCACUGCUGGAAAGCCACGUGUGCAUAUUCCCGGAUGAGUCGAGGUGCUUCGACAGCCUGGCGGAGCUGUACCGUCUGGUUGCGGAGGACGACCACAUGUGCGGUCUGUGGCGCAAGCGGGCGGCCACCGAGUGGACCCGCACCGCCCUGCCGCUCGUUCAGACGGGCCACUGGGAGAGGGCCAUGGACGCACUGGGGGAGGCCACACGGCUGUUCCAGAUGCCGCCGCAGAUGCAGCAGGUUCCCAACCGGGGUGAGCAGGCGCUGUGGGUGGAGCAGUGGCUGUCCUGCUGCCGCCAGCUCAACCACUGGGACCUCAUGCUGGAGUACGGAAAGAGCACCGAUCAGAUGGAGGUGGUCGUGGACUGCUUGUGGCGGCUGUCCGACUGGACCCAGCUGCGGGAGCACCUGAACUCCCCCGUCGCCAAGGGGGGCGCUAUGGAGGACUCGCCCUCGCUGCUCAUGACCAGAGCGUACCUGGCCCUGCAGGAGGGAAAUGUGCAGGUAGGGAGGAGGGCAGACAACCAGACCAACAAGGCCCUCCUCGCCGCCCUGCACCGCUGGUGGGCCCUACCCGAGCUGCCCAGCCACACCACCCACGUGGGGCUGCUGCAGACCUUCCAGCAGCUGGUGGAGCUGAAGGAGUCCGCCCGCAUCCUGGUGGACCUGGCCCAGGCCAACGGCCGCCCAGAGCACAUGUUCACCGACCUGAAGGAGAUCAUGGAGACGUGGCGACUGCGCACCCCCAACGACUGGGAGAGCCUGGUGCACUGGCAGGACGUGCUGGUGUGGCGCAACCAGAUCUACAACAUCGUCAUCAACAGCUUCGGGUCCAUGAGGGACCUGGCGCCCGCACUGCACCAGCUGGGGUACAAGGACAAGGCCUGGUCGGUGAACCGUCUGGGUGCGGUGGCUCUGAGGCACGGCCUGCCGGAUACCUGCCUGCAGAUGCUCAACACCAUGUACGGCUUCAACGCAAUGGAGGUGCAGGAGGCCUUCAUAAAGAUCAAGGAACAGGCCGAGGCCUACCUCGACCGCGGUCCUGUUGAGCUGUGUGUGGGUCUGAGCAUCAUCAACACCACCAACCUGGACUACUUCCAACCCACACACCAGGCGGAGCUGUUUAGACUCAAAGCACUCAUGCUGCAGGGUCUUGGGGAGGACGAGAACGCCAACACCUCCUUCUCCACCAGCUUGUCCCUGUGGCGCGCGUGUGCGGACACCUGGCUCAGCUGGGGGGCCUUCAACGACCGCCUGUAUGAGGCCUCCCCGCAGUUGCAGUACCUGGAGUUCGCGGUGCACUGCUAUCUGCAGGCCGUCCGCCUGGGCAGCGCCCCCGGCCGCGCCCUGCUCCCCCGGCUGCUGCACCUGCUUUCCUUCGACAACCACAACGGCGCGGUGGGGUCCCACCUGGAUAAGAACCACGCGGAGCUGCCGCCCUGGAGACCGGAGGCGCAGCACGUCAAACUGCUGCUGCAGCAAGUCUCAGCCGCGCACCCGCAGGCUGUGUACUACUGGUUGCGGGUGUACCUGCUGAGUCUGCGGGAGGCGGCUCAAAAGGCGGCUCAGGAGCUGGCCAAGCUGAAGGCGGAAGCGGAAAGGAGGGCGGCGGAGGGGGCGGCGGGAGGAGAAGGGGACUCAGCGGCGCAGGCAGAAGAUGUGGUUGGAAGUGCUGUAUGUGUAUGUGCGUAUGUAGGUGUGCCUGGGGCGCAAAGUGAGUCCGCCCAGAGGAAGGAAAGGCCGGUUAUGUGCGGUCACGGGGGUCGAGGCGCUGCAGCCCGACUGGACCCUGGUCGUGCUGCGGAGAUGCGGGCUUUUGAGGCGGGCAAGGAGGUGAUGGAUGUGCUGCGGGCCCGCUGCUCUGCCCUGACCCUGACACUGGAGGGAAUGCUGCAGGAGAUCGGCAGCAAGUUCGUGCCCAAGCCCGAAGAGCGGCUACUGGCGGUGGUGAACGCACUGCUGCACCGCUGCUACAAGGUUCCCUUCGCGAACGGUGCCGAGGUGCCCGCCCUGCUGCGCAAGGAGCUGGCGGGGGUGUGCAAGGCUUGUUUCUCACCCGAGCAGGCUGCUGCUGCCAGGGCGGGCAACACGGUCCAGCGGGACAUCCGCGAGGCGUUCGUCCGGGACAUGAACCCCGAGGGCCCCGCCUUCCCCGCCACCCUGGGGGAGCUGUCGGAGCAGCUCAAGAGCUGGAGGGCCCGACUGCAGGCGGACUUGGAGGACAAGUUGCCCCCCUCCCUCCGUCUCGCUGAUGAGGCCCGCCCCCUGGUGGAGCUGUCCCUGGCCGAGGUGGAGAUGCCCGGGCAGUACCUGGGGGGCCAUGAGGUGGCGCCGGAGGGCAUUGUGCACCUGGAGUGCUUCGGGGCGGCUGUGGCGGUGGUGAGGCGCCACUGCACCAGCUACCGCCGCCUGGUGCUGGUGGGCUCGGAUGGCAGGGGCAGGCACAUGCUGGUGCAGACAGGGCAGAACAAUGCGCAGGGUAACACGGACGAGCGCAUCAUUCAGCUGCUGCGGCUGUCCAACCGGCUGCUGGACGCCCACCCGCACAGCCGCCAAAGAGCACUGGCAUGGCACACACCCGCCAUUGUGCCGGUGUGGGUACAGGUUCGUCUGAUGGAGGAGGCUCCCUCCUACUGCACCUACCACGAGGCCUACGAGGUCAACUGCGCCCGCUACGGCCGCGAGCCCGACAUGCCCAUCAUCGCCUUCAAGCAGCGCUGUGCGGACUCCCGCGGCCAGGUGACGGCCGACGUGGCGCAGCGGCAGCAGGUGUUUGGGGAGGUCUGUGCGCACAUUGUCAACGAGAACGUGUUCAGCCAGUAUGCGUACAAGUCGCUGCCCAGCUCCACCCACCUUUGGGCGUUCAAGAAGCAGAUGUGCGCACAGACAGCCUUGAGCGCCCUGAUGUGUCACAUGCUGCUGGUCAGCGGCCGCUCGCCCACCAAGAUCCUGUUCGCUAAGGACACCGGCAGACUCUACCAGACGGACGUCAUGCCGGUGUACAACGAGCGAGGUCUGCUGGACAAGGUGGAGCCGGUUCCCUUCCGGCUGACUCGCAACCUGACCGUCUUCUUCACCGCCUUCGGGGUGGAGGGCGUGUUCACCACCGCCAUGGCCAAUGCGGCCCAGGCGCUCACCGCCCGCACCUCCAACGCCAAUCACUUCCUGGCGCUGUUCUUCAGAGACGACAUCGUGGCCUGGGCAGCGAGGAGGUCGCAGAAGCAAGGUGGGACCGUGUCCAUGAAGAACGAAAUGCUCAAGCCGCUGGUGUCUCGCAACGUGCGCAUGGUCAUGGAGCGAGUGCAGAAGGCGUGUCCGGUGGUGCCGCCCGAGGACGCCGCCGCCUCACCCCCCGGGCCGGGCCGCCCGCCGCAGCCCCCGCAGCCGGGCGGUGUGGUGCCGCUGCCGGUGCCGCUACUGCCGGGUCUGGCGGAGCUGAUCGGUGCGGCCACCGACCCCAAGAACCUGUGUCGCAUGGAGCCCACCUGGCACCCCUGGUUCUGA